CUACUGGGUGGCCCUCCAAAUUGUCUGCACGUCCACCAUGGUGAUUCGGUUCCAUGGAGAUCACACAUGGAUAUUUUCGAUUUUACGGUGAAUGGAUUUGAUGAUUGUUUUCACCUGGCUCACCUCGAUCAACGGAUACAUGCGUACAGGUGCAACAUUUUUAAGGUUACGGGCACGAAAAUGGCGUAGGUACCCACUCUUGGUACAUUUGACCAGUGGUACUGUUCGUGGUAGAUGCCAGGUGACGGUUGUGAGAGGUCGCUGAAAAAGUUUCAUUUUUUACGAUCUGUAUCCGUGGGUGUGAACGAAAGUUGUUCGAGAUUUUUUUACGGGCCAAAGAAUAGCCGUUUGAUGAGGAUUCGAUAAUUAUACCACGGUUAUUUGCGUCCAGAAGACAUGGAUAAGUAAUGGAGUGUGGUGACUUCGAUGCUGCGUUAAGAUGAAACCUCGAUUUUGAUAUUGGAAUUUCCCGAAGUUGGUAUUGCAGGGAUGUUGAAAACAUGAGUCUAAUGAAGAGAGGAAUGAUAUUCAUCACCUUCUUUGGGUCAUGCCUUGCCAUGGCCCUAACGAUUGUCAGCCUAGGAACAAAAUUUUGGAUAACAUCGAGAGCCAAACGGACAUCGAAUCCUUUGGAGAGCGAUGGAGUCAUCAAUUUUGGUCUUUUCGAUGGCAAGAAGGAACUGAACGUGGCUUAUGGAUGGAGAACAUACGAUGUGGAUGUUCUGCACCUAUUAAAAUAUGAGCCAGAGUUCAUGAGUUACGGAAUAUGGUUGGGCACCGUGGUAGCAGUUUGUGGCAGCCUGGUUUUCUCAGCACUAGCAGCAGUUUUUGCCAUAGUUACUGUGUCCAGAAGAUCAAAAUACACCAAGGGAUCGGUUAAGUUGUACCUUUGGAAUUUUUUGGCUUUGCUUGCUCAAAUUGCUGCAAUAAUUCUCUGGUUGGUACAGUUCUAUCUGAAACUUCAAUAUAAUGUUUUAUCAAGGGAAGAUAAAGAUAACAUGUGGUCUUCGGAUGGUAUGGCUGAGCUGGGAUACUCAUUUUGGUGUGUCACUGGAGCUGCAGCUGCAAUCUUAUGCAACAUUUUCAUUAUAUGCAUUGCUAACAGUGACGACGACAUUGAACAAGUGAUAUCAGUAGUUGAGGAGAAGACAAAUGGAGCUAUAAUGCUGUAUUGAUUUCACAUCAAUCGUUUGCUUUGAUGGUGAAAUUACGACUGAAAUUCUUUUUGUAUUUAUACCACUCCUUUAUACCUUAUUGACCUUAUUUAUUAUAAUUUUAAGUGAUCGAAUGAAAACUGUAAUAAUAAAAUAAUGAUAUUUGUGUA